AUGGGUAAGUUCUACAUCCCAUACAUGACAGGUGAGUAUGCAGGAAGAGAUUGCUGUCACUAUCACAGCCCAACUGGAAGAUCAGACCCAGGUUCUUCCUUGAGGAAGGGGUUGUGUCUGCAGGGAUCCUACAGCAAACCUACUCUCUCGGCCCUGCCCAGUUCUGUCAUGAACUCAGGAGGGAACAGAACACUCCAGUUUGGCUCUUGGUUGAGAUUUGAAAAGUUAAUUCUCAUUGAGGAAGGAGGACACAACCUCUCCUGGACUCACAGCAACACCCCACCCACAGGUGGUUCUACAGAUGCUAUGGCUCACAUAACACCUCCUCCUACCUGUUGUCAUAUCCCAGUGAUGACCCGGGAACUGGUGGUCUUAUUUAAGGACCCAAAUCGGCCCUCCCUAACUCAAAGAUUCAGCUCAGGGACCGGCCCCCAGAAGAGCUCUGGAGUAGAGAGCAGGGAGGGCUGGAAGGAGACGUGGGUGAACUUCCGAGGAUGUGAGAUUAGACUGAAGGUUCAUACAGAGUCCCCUAACCUGCACUGGAGGAUGUGUGAUGAGUGGAAGGAGAAGGACAGGCUGUUUCAGCAGGAUUUGGUAUUCCGACCUGAUGGGGAUUUAGGGAAGAUGCUGGGGCUAACAGAGGAGGAAGAAAAUGGUGAGCUUUUUAUGUUUGUUAUUGAUCUUCAUUACUGGAUUCACACUUCAAAAAUAGGGAGUUCCGGAAACUCUCUUUCAGGGCUGAGUCUGGGCCCCAAGACCCGAGUGCAGGCAGAGACCCUCCCAAAACCCACCUUAUGGGCUGAGCCAGAUUCUGUCAUUCCCUGGGGAAGCCCUGUGACUAUCUGCUGUCAUGGAACCCUGGAGGUUCAGACAUACUGUCUGAAUAAAGAGGGAGACUCGGGGCCUUGGGACAGAAAGAACCUACUGAAACCCAGAGACAGGGCUGAGUUCUACAUCACAUCCAUGACAGAUGACUACACAGGACGAUAUUCCUGUCACUAUCACAGCUCUGCUGGCUUCUCAGAGCAAAGUGAAAUCCUGGAGCUGGUGGUGACAGGAUUCUACAAUAAACCGACCCUCUCAGCCUUGCCAGUCCCUGUUGUGACCUCAGAAGAAAACGUGACCCUCCAAUGUGAUUCACAACUGGGAUUUGAAAGGUUCAUUGUGUCUGAGAAAAAAGAACACAAGUUGUCCUGGACUCUGGACUCACAGAAACACCCAAAUGGGCAGUUCCAGGCCUUGUUUCCUUUGGGCCUUGUGAAUUCCAGCUACAGGUGGACAUUCAGAUGCUAUGGCUAUUUCAAGUUCAAACCCCUGGUAUGGUCGGCCCCCAGUGACCUCCUGGAGAUCCUGAUUACAGGAGAAGCUGAAAACAACAGCCUAUCACAGAACAAAUCUGACUCCAAGACUGCUUCACUGCCUCAGGAUUACACAGUGGGAAAUCUCAUCCGCAUGGGAGUUGCUGCCUUGAUCCUGGUGUUCCUCGGGAUUCUGAUACUUGAUGCUUGUGAUGACUAA